AUGGCCCCGCUUGCGAUCACCAGCAAAGAGCCAUGUUCAGGUGUGGAGUCGACUGCGCCUGGAGAGGACCCAGACAUAAAGACCCCAGAGGCACUGGUGACCCUACUGCUAGGGAAGGUGUGGUUUUGGGCACUGCAACAUGAGCCUGAUGCUGAUGAGAAGUCGUCUGCAGGGAGCCAAAUGGGCCUCAUGUCAGUGGAGUUCAGGUACCGCUUCAGAGAUGGCAAAGGGAACAGGAGACAGAACAUGUUUCUGGAGGGCCGCAGCCACCUCUCCUCGGGGCUGGUGCUGCGCUGGUUCCAGGGCCACCUGCAGCGGUGCCUGGGUGCCGUGCGGUACCGGCUGCAGGAGCGCUGCCGCAUCAGCCUCUCGGCCUGCCCCGGGCGCCCGCCCACGUUGCACAUCGUGCCCUGCUCCGACUACGUCUGCUGCCACAUCUCCAUGGCUGUGCGCCUCAUCCCUGCCAUCCCCCUCGGUGACACGCUCUACCUCAUGGCCCUGCUGCCUGAGGGCCCGCAGGCACCCCCGGCCCCCGAGGCUCUCUGGGGCCUCAACGCCUCACGGCAGGAGCAGCGGCUGCUGAGCUGGCUGAAGGAGCAGGCCCCGGCCUCCUCCUGCCACCUCAAGUGCCUGCAGAUCCUCAAGGGCCUGCGGGACCUCCGCGGGCAGGGCCUGGAGGAGCCCUUCUGCUCCCAGUGGGGCCGGGUGCUCUCCUCCUACGUGCUGAAGACGGCCCUCUUCUCCCUGCUCUUGCAGGGGCCCUUGGAGGCCUGGGACGAGCGGUUCCUGCUGGAGCGGCUGGAGGACCUGGUGCUGUACCUCAGGGACUGCCUGCGCAAGCAGGUGCUGAUGCAUUUCUUCCUGGGCAACGCCAGCCUCCCUGAGGCCGUGGCGCUGCCCCGGUUCCUCAAGGAAGCCGCCCCCGUGAACUUGCUGGCUGCCUUCGACGGGCCCACGCUGGACCUGGCCGCCUUCCAGCUGAUCAACACCUGGAUCCAGGCCCCGCACGUCAUCAGGAUGUACAGCAGCCCCCGGUACUUGCGACCAGCGCUCACCCCGUGCAGGCACGUCGCCGAGGCCGGGCAGGAGCCGCUGGGAGAGUGA